AUGUCGUCGCUCUGGGCGCAGUUUUGGGCAGAGCGGCACCCUCCGGCCGAUCCCGUCCAUGUCUCGUACAAGGACAACGCCGUGCGAACUCCGGCCUGGGUGGGCCACGAGGCUGCCGUAAAAUACGCUGCUCUGGGCGCCAACCCUCUCAUUCUUGUUGUACGAACUCAGACCAAAGGCGAGCAAGCGAAGGCGGAUAUAAUUCGCCGCACGAAGUGCUCUGCCGAUAUUUUCACCAUCGUGACAGUGGACCUUGCUGAUAUUGCAUCGGUCAAGGCCUUGGGGCAUCGUCUCACAACACACUCUCGAGUGCGACAGCUUCACGUUGCCCAGCUUGCCGCAAAUGAUGCACAGUGGCAGUAUGAAAGCAGUCCUGACGGCUACGAGGUGACGCUGGCGGUCAAUUUCCUCUCUCAAGCGCUACUUGCGAUGCUCCUGCAGCCUGUGACGCGCGCAGCUGCAGCGGCGGCCACGCCAGGUGGAUUCGUGCCUCACCUCUCGUUCUUUCACAGCAUAGCCGGGUUCGAGGUCACGGCGGACUGGCUUCCACGCGGCCAGUCACUCAUCCAGCGAUGCAACGACAAGGGCAAAUGGGACUCUACCAAACAGUAUUAA